AAAUAUAUAUCUCAACAGUUAUAUGAUUAGUUUAUUUUUUUUAUAAAAAAAAAUAUGAAAGUAAUAUUUGAGAUUUAAGUUCGGUAUAUUAAUUUUAUUAUUCUUCAUCACAAUAUUACGUCAAUAAACGUUUAAAGUAAUUAUAAAAAAAUUUUAAUUUAUAUGUAUAGUGAAAAACACCAAUUAUUUAAGUGUGCUGCUGUGGGCUGAAAUAAAAAUUUUUCAAGAUUUGAAAGUCGGAAUAAAGUAAAAAAAAAAUGCCAGAUAUUAAAGUGACGCCUCUCGGUGCAGGUCAGGAUGUUGGUCGAAGUUGUAUUUUAGUUUCAAUGGGAGGUAAAAAUAUAAUGUUAGACUGUGGAAUGCACAUGGGCUUUAAUGACGAGAGAAGAUUUCCAGAUUUUUCUUACAUUGUUCCCGAGGGUCCAACAACAAAUUAUAUAGAUUGCGUUAUAAUUUCUCACUUUCACUUAGAUCAUUGUGGUGCACUUCCUUAUUUCACUGAAAUGGUUGGAUACACGGGUCCAAUAUACAUGACACAUCCUACAAAGGCUAUUGCGCCAAUUCUAUUAGAAGAUAUGCGCAAAGUUGCUGUUGAACGUAAAGGAGAGAGUAAUUUCUUUACCUCGCAAAUGAUUAAGGAUUGUAUGAAGAAAGUUAUCGCUGUCACUCUACAUCAGUCAGUGAUGGUCGAUUCAGAAUUGGAAAUAAAAGCUUAUUAUGCUGGACAUGUAUUGGGAGCGUCAAUGUUUCAUGUUCGAGUUGGAUCGCAAUCUAUUGUCUAUACCGGGGAUUAUAAUAUGACUCCAGACAGGCAUUUGGGUGCCGCCUGGAUAGACAAAUGUAGACCGGAUUUAUUAAUUUCAGAGUCUACAUACGCAACAACUAUUCGUGAUUCCAAGAGAUGUCGUGAAAGGGACUUUUUGAAAAAGGUCCAUGAAUGUAUUGAUAGAGGUGGCAAAGUAUUAAUACCAGUUUUCGCUCUUGGCCGUGCGCAAGAAUUAUGCAUUCUAUUGGAGACCUAUUGGGAGCGAAUGAAUCUCAAAGUGCCAGUAUACUUUGCCUUGGGUCUAACGGAGAAGGCAAAUAACUAUUAUAAAAUGUUCAUCACUUGGACUAAUCAGAAAAUUAAAAAAACUUUCGUUCAACGUAACAUGUUUGACUUUAAGCACAUAAAACCAUUCGAUAAGGCCUACAUAGAUAAUCCAGGGGCAAUGGUUGUGUUUGCCACUCCGGGUAUGUUGCACGCGGGUCUUUCGUUGCAGAUCUUUAAAAAAUGGGCGCCAAAUGAUGCGAAUAUGGUGAUAAUGCCCGGUUUCUGCGUUCAGGGCACCGUUGGCCAUAAAGUUCUCAGUGGCAUUAAAAGAAUUGAAUUCGAGAAUCGUCAAAUUGUUGAAGUUAAAAUGGCCGUUGAGUAUAUGUCUUUUUCGGCGCACGCCGACGCUAAGGGAAUUAUGCAAUUAAUUCAGAGUUGUGAACCAAAGAGUGUCAUGUUGGUUCAUGGCGAAUUUGCUAAAAUGGAAUAUCUCAAGGAGAAAAUAAGACAAGAAUUUGGUGUGAAUUGUUAUAAUCCGGCGAAUGGCGAAACUUGUGUUAUUACAACAGUGUCGAAAGUUGCAGUCGAUACGUCGCUUGCUUUACUUAAAGCCGAAGCUAAACGGUACUCGGCACUGCCUCCUGAUCCCAAGAGACGUCGAUUACUUCAUGGUGUUUUAAUUUUAAGAGAGGACGGAGUUUGCCUCGUUGACACUGAUGAGGUCGCCAAAAGUACUGGUAUCGCUAAACAUAUUGUAAGAUUUACAUCCACAAUAUGUGUCCAGGAUUCUGGACCGGCUCACGCCACGACACAAAAACUCUUUCAACCGUUAAAAGACAGACUGCAAGGUUGGACCGUACAGUUGACGGAUGGCUCCAUAUCAGUAGAAUCGGUGUUAGUCAAAGUUGAAGGCGAUGAUGAAAAUCAAAAAAGUGUUUAUGUAUCCUGGACAAAUGAAGACGAGGAUCUUGGAAGUUAUAUUCUCGAUUUUCUUCAAACUUUGUUGAGUUAAUCAUAGACAUAUAAUGUAAAUAUGUAGAAAGAAAACUGUAUGUUUUUCCUUUCUUUAUUUGUGAUGUAAAAACUCGGAAAACUGACUCAAGUCACUAUAUAAUUUAUUUUUUUAAGACUUUUAUAAUUCAAAAUAAAAGUAGGUAAUAAUUAAAA